UAAAUAAUUUUUGAGGUCACUGUAUAAUAAAACUUAACAUGGAGCACAAUGUUAUUAACACUAAUUUUAAACACGACAGAGUAAGUAGCACUUAUGCUGAAAUCUAUUUAGAUGACAGUUUUUGUGAAGAUGAAACCAGUUUACUAGAGGAUAAAUUGAAAGUUGAGAGUCAUGAACAUAAAGAAGAGUCAACAAGCGAUGAAUGGAUAUCACCUAGUGAUCAACUUAUUGGAAUAAUUGAAUUAAAACCUCCCUUUACAUCUAAAAUUAACCGUGCUAAAACUCAUGAAGGUAUACUGCACAUAGGCAAUACGGUACUAGAACAAGAACGUAGUCGGUUUUUAAAAUCACUUACAAGUCUUAUAGAAGAAAACGAUGCAUCAUGGCAACAUAUUCUCACUCAUGAGAGAGAGGCGGUUAAUAAGAAAGUUAAACAAAUAUACGAAAAUAUCUUCAAUCAAAAAAGUAAAAUUAUGACGAACGAAAUAUCAGCGUUUUAUGAAAAUAACCUACAAGAAUUGGAAGAACAUUUGAAGUCAGAAUUGCAAACCGUUUUACAAAGUUCCCAUGCUAGUAUGGUUUCUUUAUUAAACAAUGAUAUAAAACUGAAAUUGAGAAAAGAAAAAAAGCGACUUGAAGAUAUUUUAAGAAAGAGGCUUUUGAGUGAAGUUAAGAAGAUAAAUAAAUAUUAUAAUUUACUUCUUCGUAAUGAAAUAUCUCGAAAUGAAAAUAUAAUAAGCCAUGCACUACGCGAUAGAAAUGACGCUAUCGGUGCUUUUUUAAAACAAAUAGAGGCUGAAAAAUUAACUAGUUCUAUGUAUGUCAUGAGCGUGGAACGAAAAAGGUGCAAAAUAAAUAAAUUGAUGCUACAAAGCCACCACGAUGCUGAAACUACAGAGAAACUGUGUAAAUUAAAAGAAAAAAGAGAAAUACUAGACAGUUUAAGACAGAAAGAUGUUCCUUUUAUGGACGUAAAUAAAGAAUGGGAGGAAAAGAUAGCAAAAAUCCUCCAACUAUUUCUAAAAUUUAUAAGUUUUUCCCUAAAAUUAUUACCCGAACAAACUACCUUUUUGUUAGACUUAGAAAAGAUGGUUAUUUUACAAUUAAACGAAAUACAAAAACAACCAGGAAAUGCACAUUCGCUUCUCUACAAUGAAAAUGAUUUAACUAAUACCUUCGAUUUUGCUGAUAAACCAAUAGAAGAAUUAGUAUGUGAAAAAGAACCAUUUACCAUAAUAGGAGAUUUAUCUGACCCCAUUCCACCGCGGUAUGGGAGUACAGAAACAUUGCCGAUCGAUGUAGAUUUACCAGUAGUACGACUGCAAAGACAGUAUGUCUAUGCUAAGUGUCAUGGUUAUGAAGAUAUAAAGAAAAUUCUUAAAAGUCAAGUUUGUAGAUGUCAUCAAAUGCCUUCAAAAUCACCUUCAAUUAUAAGUGAUAACAGUGCAGAGCCACCAACAGAAGAUGAAGAGAUUCCUAUAUUAGAAAAUGUAUCUUCCGAAGAACUUUUUCUGUGUGAAAAUUUUAAACGCCUGCCGAGUUGCCCCGCACGUAGUUGUACAGUAUGGAUGGACAAUGAUUCCUUUCCUUUUCUCCCUAACUACACAGAUUAUAGCGAAGUCAAUUAUGAACGAGUGACAGCAAUACUUGGAAAAUCUCCAGUUAGAAAAGAAUCCCCUGAGCUCAUAAAAGCGAAAGAUGUAGUGUAUCGUGAAUUACCAUUUUCCGCAACUAAAGAGCGAUAUCACACUACAGAAACUCAAUAUUCCAGCCAAGAAGACAUCAAUGUUCAAGAAUUACCCUGUACUUGUACGUGUUUAGAUCAUGAUUAUAAUUUGGAUACAAGACAAGCACCAAAAGACUCCACCGAAGAAAUAAAAAAUAUUCUUAACAAAAGGAAAAUCUCGUUGCAGCGUUUAAUGAGAAACAAUCCGAAUUUAUUGAAUUUAUUUACAGAUGAAAUUUUUGAUGUGAAAAUGUAA